AUGAGGGUAUGUGUCAGGGCAGUCAAGGAAGAUGUGAGAGACGGAAAGUGUACAGUGGCAGCGAGGGCAGGCAGGUGGGGAGUCACGACGCACAAGGUGACCGUGGGUGAGACCAGUGUGGCCCAGGCGAAGUCGGGCAAGAGCGGUUUCCCAUCGCCGAUUCCGGCUACCGUUCUCCCUGAUAGGUUGCGGGCUGGAGGGUGUCGCCUGUGCUACGCUCCCCGUGACAACACCAUCGAGCACUACCUGCCCCAGGGUCUGCCGCUGGUUACCGUCUGCCGUCACCUACUGCUGCCAGACGCGUUGGGCGAACUUCUCAUGCGCUACCCUCACUCUGGAAGGACGCAGGACAGUCUCACGCUCCACCAGUCUCCACCCACCAGUCCCCACCAACACAUCCAUCACCAUCGAAAUGGCGACAAGAGACGUAAUCCAUCAGGUACAGCAGCAGGAACAGUGCGGCGCCUCCUGCUGCUGGUGGUGGUGGCGGUGGCGGUGACAGGGGUGAGGGCACAGUAUCGCAAUGACCGUGAUCAUGAGACUCUCCGGGACGACUACUGGGAAAAUCACUACCGCAGUCAAGGAUUCUACUCCACCCCGCCCCCGAUCCGCACCCAGUACAGCUCGGGCGACACCUACUACGGCACGGACCGCCGCUACGACACGCGUUACGACGACCCCUCACAGACACGAGGGUUCGAUAACAGAUACCAGGACCAGAGUUUUCGAUACAGCGAGAACCCGAGGCUGAGUGGGAACUACCUAGGGCGUGGCAGGUAUGACGCCCGAGGCAGGGAGCGACCAGGGAGCUCACGGGGGGAGGAGCCGUGGGACUACAGACAAGGGAUUCUGGACAUCUGGCGGCCUGACCUGCAGGGGGAGUUCCGGCCUGCAGAGGAGCCAGGCCUCACCCUCCCCCUCGCGGACAUCUUCGUCACCACGGACUCGGGCAAGGUGCAGGGCUUCUACGUGUACCUGUAUGACAAACCCGGGGUGAGGCCCAACGAGCGGCCCGUCAACAAACCCAUCCACCAACAGCGCUACAUCAUGAACGUCUCCACUUUCCUGGGCAUUCCCUACGCCAAGCCGCCGCUGCUCGAGGGACGCUUCAAGCCUCCACGCCACGUCCCUAACUGGUAUAGCACAUGGCAGGCACUGGACUACCAGAGUGCCUGUCCCCAGAACCUCAAGUACAUCGGGACCUCAAAUGGCAUCAGGAAUGGCAUCCACGAGGACUGCCUCUACCUCAAUGUCUUCACACCCUCGGUGUCCAUCAACGUGAACAAUAUGUACCCAGUGCUGUUCUACAUCCAUGGUGGAGACCUGGAUCACGGGGCAAGCAAUCUGUUUCCAGGGCACAUGUUGGCAGCCUAUGGGGAGGUGGUGGUGGUCACCUUCAACUACCGGCUUGGGGCGCUUGGGUUCCUCAGCACAGGAGAUGCCAACUCGCCGGGUAACUAUGGGCUGAUGGACAUGGCUAUGGCCCUGGAGUGGGUGUACACCAACAUCCGCUUCUUUAAUGGUGACCGCAACAAGAUCACAGUGUUUGGGCCGGGAGCAGGUGGGGAUGGCGGGGUUCUUGCUGUGCUGCCCCGAACCAAGGACUAUGUCAGCCAAGUCAUUGCUCAGAGCGGCUCCCCCUUAGCAGAGUGGGCAGUGUUGGAUGAUGUCUACCGCGUGCAGAACACUUCCCGUGUGUAUGGCCUAGAGGUGGGCUGUACUGUUGAGAAUUCGUACAAGUUGCUGCAAUGUCUCAACCGACGCAGCUAUGAGGAACUCUCUACUGCACCCAUCACACCUGAUGUUGGGACCUUCGCCUGGGCUCCUGUUGUAGACACCAACUUCACAGUGCCAGGAGAUGAGUGGUAUGAGGAGUGGGAGGAGAAAGACUGGCGUAUCAUCCCUGAGAUGCCCCUCAACUUCUACCAAAGAAACCACCACCAUCGCAACCUUCGCUACAUGGCAGGGGUCAAUCGAGAUGCUGCCGCCAACUUUGUGUUCAAUGAUAACCGGCUAGUUCGCAACCGUCAUGAGGUCUCUGAGGAGUUCUUCAAUGAGCGAGUGAAGGAUUGGGUGAAGCAUUACAACUACUCUCUCAACAUGGAAGGAGCCUAUGACGCCAUCAAGUGGAUGUACACCUAUGGACCCGACCCACACAAUACCACACACAUACGGGAGGAGUAUGUGCAUAUGUUAUCAGAUGCACUCUACAAGUCUGGUGUGGAUCAAAUAGUGAAGGUUUUGGUCAACUCCACCAAUAAGCAAAAGGUUCCUACCUACUACUACCUCCUCAACACCACUGUAGAGGCCCUCAAGUUGCCCUUCUGGAGAGAGAUCCCCAACGACAUUGAGUAUUACUUCAUCAGCGGUGCUCCUUUCAUGGACCCAGACUUCUACCCUGAAUCUGUGAGGGUGUCCCGAGAGCAGUGGAGUGAAGGCGACCGUAACAUCUCAGAGUUCAUGAUGAAAACCAUCGCCAACUUUGCUAAGUGGGGGAACCCAACGCAGACCCAGGUGGAAGUGCUCAAGGUGAAGUGGGAGGAGGUACUGGAGGGUAAUCUAAGGUACUUGAGCAUCAACACCACCUUCAACACUUCCAUGCAUUAUAACUACCGCCAGCCGUACAACACUUUCUGGACCACCUACAUGCCGCAGGUCAUACGCGAGUGGGUGCCUACUGUGCCUCCACCUCUCAAUCCCUGGACACAGAUGAGCCAGCCCAUUGUGGCAUCCUUCUAUGGGUCCCUGAUGGUCUGUGUGGUACUGCUGGUGAUACUCUUUGUUUGCUGUGGCCUCUGGAAGUCAGCCAAGAGACAGAGGAACAAGGCCCUGGAUGAUCUCCAAUACAUCUCGUCGGACCACCUUGAGGCCCCACAUGACCAGGACGACUACAAGGUUAGGGAGUACCUGGACAGGCUCUCGAACCACCAACUUAGCAAUGGCCAGACCCCGUCACGGCCCAUCACCCCAACUUCACGGCCAAUCACCCCAAACACUGUCACAACUGAGGCCCCAGAGCUCUCAGAGGCCGGGACGCUCAAGAGGGGCAACAGCAACCACGAGAGUUACCGACCCAACCAUCACUCCAUGGCUAAGUCUGUCGACCAGCUGAACUAUCCUCGUUACCAGACACACAAUAACCACAAUAACCAGCCAACACAGGUCCACCUCUCCAGGUCCACCGAUAACAUUCUGGAGAGUUACCCUCGGGCUUACAUCACUCCAGACAUGGGGCCACAGCUCAAUGGACAUGUACAUCAGCCAAAGCCACAGCAGAGGAAGAUCAGUACUACUAAUAAUAACAAUGUCAACAUGACUCCCCCCCAGCAAAUGAGGCCUAUCACCCCAGCGUCAGAGAUCCAUUCUGAGCCCCUGAGACGACCAUCCUAUGACUCUGCAUUUUCAACACAACCUCUUGUAUGUGAUGAGCUGAAGAAGGCCCCAAGGACUCCUGUGCCAACAGUGCGCACCUCUGUGGCCACAAUCACAUCUACCACAGGCCUUCUCCACACUGAGUUGUGAGCUACUCAGGCAAACUUUUUAGUGACGUAUCAGUGCUAUGUGGCGCUAAUGAAAACACUAUGGGUGUAGCCAGACAUGGGGUUCAGUUCUAUUUGAAUGUGAGCAAAAUUUUUGAUAAAUCACCAUGAAGGUACCUCAAGGGAAAAGUAAAAUAAAGCUUGAGUUUUUUUAUUUAAUUGUUCUCAAGUUUCAAAUUUGUUGUGCACUAGUAACUUGACAUGCAACACUGAAAUAGUUGCUUUUUCUUUCCUCACAAGACAUAGCUGAGUUCUGAUUCUUAUAGUGCCAAAAUCAAAUUACUUGAUUUAUAGUGUCUUUGUAUUUUGUUUUAUCAGUGUGUGAUAAAUCAAGUCACAAAGUUAUUAUUGCUGGUUGUGGCACAUGAAUCAGCCAGAAACAAUUAUUUCCUCUAGGAGGAUGUAAUGAAUGAAUCGUGGUUUAGUAUUCUCACAAACUAGGAAAUUACUAAUCAUUGGAACUGAUUAUUUAAGUUCUUUAUAAGCCUCAGUUUUGUCCCAUCAUCUUUUUCAUCAUCACAGUGUUGAAAGACAGGUCGAAGAUUGCAAAAAUGAGCCUUGUCACCUGAUGGUAGUUUGCUAGCUUUACAGAUUUAUCAAACUUACUUGUCAGGUUCUUUCAUUUUUAUAUUUAUUCUAAGUGUAAUUAUGGUAUUACAAUAAGUACAUACCAUGUGAUGGUGACUGCUGCAACACAGCCAGUGAUGUACGCUCAUUCCUUAUGAUAUUGCAGAGUCCACUGAAUGUCUGUAAAUCAAAGAAGAAUUAGUGUAUGUACUAAUAAGCUGCCUUAUAUUAAUCAUAGACCUGCAAGGACCAAGAAUUGGGCAUGUGAUAGGUGGAGAUCUGCAGAUUCUUAUUUGAAACACUGUAGAAUAUGACAUCACAACUCUAGGUAACUGUAUGCUAUGACAAAAGGUGA